UUGUCCCCCUCCAAGAUCCCUGAGCCGCUGCAGGAGGGCCCGGAUGAAGAGCCCCUGGCAGAGCGGGAGGUGAAGGCAGAGGUGGAGGACAUGGACGAAGGCCCUGCGGAGCUGCCUUCCCUGGAGUCCCCGCUGACCCUGCGCCCCGAGGAAGCCAUGGCAGCCCCGAGCCCCGCUGGCAGCUGUGGAGGUGGCCUGCUGGAGGCCCAGGCACUGGGCACCAGCGGGCAGGGGGCCACGGAGCCCUCCGGGUGCCUGGACUUUGCUGAGGGGGCCGAAGCGCCUGUUGACUCUCCGGGUCGGACAGUAUCCUGCACAGCUGUCCCUGACUUGGGGGGGCGGCUGACCCCCGAGACUCUGGUUGAGGCUAAGGAGGAGCCUGUGGAGGUACCCGUGGACGUGCCUGUGGCUGUGGCCAUGGCAGAGGCAGGGCCCGAGGAAGGCCUGGCCCAGGCGGCCCCAAGUGAGCCCCGGCCCAGCUUGGAAUUGGAAGACUGUGACCUGCCCACUGGGGAGGGACAGUGUCUGAGUCUGGAGGCCCAGGAAGCCACACCUGUGCCUGGCAGUGCCUGCUUCCUGGAGGAGGAGGGCUCUGACCAGUUCCCACCUGGCCUGGAGGACCCGCUGGCCGGCAUGAACGCCCUGGCGGCGGCUGCAGAGCUGCCCCAGGCCAGGCCUCUGCCCUCCCCGGGCGCCGGCCCCCAGGCCGUGGAGAAGCUGGAGGCUGCGCAGAGCCUGGUGCUGGAGCAGAGCUUCCUGCACGGAAUCACCCUGCUGAGCGAGAUCGCGGAGCUGGAGCUGGAGAAGAGGAGCCAGGAGGUGGCAGGUGCCGAGCGGGGCCUGGCCGUGCGGCCCUCGCUGGAGAGCCUGCUGGCGGCCAGCAGCCACAUGCUGAAGGAGGUGCUGGACGGCCCCUUCGUGGACCCGCUCAAGAGCCUGCGGCUCCCGCGGGAGCUGAACCCCAACAAGAAGUACAGCUGGAUGCAGAAAAAGGAGGAGCGGAUGUUCGCCAUGAAGUCCUCGCUGGAGCACAUGGACGCCCUGGAGCUGGACUUCCGCAUGCGGCUGGCCGAGGUGCAGCGGCAGUACAAGGAGAAGCAGCGGGAGCUGGGGAAGCUGCAGCGGCGCCGCGAGGCCGAGGACAGGCGCGAGGAACCCCAUAGAAGCUUGGCACGCAGAGGCCCUGGCAGGCCGCGGAAACGGACCCACGCCCUGAGCGCCCUGUCGCCCCCCCGCAAGAGAGGGAAGAGCCGCAACAGUAGCGGAAAGCUGAGCAGCAAGCCCCUGCUGGUGUCAGAUGCCUACGAGCUGGGAGCCGGGAUCAGGAAGAGGCACAAGGGGCCUGAGGAGGAACACGAUGCCCUCGCUGCAACGGGGAAGGCCAGGGGGAGGAGCCAGCCUUGGGACGAGCAGGAAGCCCCGUCAGACUUCAUGAGUCAGCUAAAGAUUAAGAAGAAGAAGAUGGCCAGCGACCAGGAGCAGUUGGCCAGCAAGCUGGACAAGGCCCUCUCCCUCACAAAGCAGGACAAGCUGAAGUCCCCCUUCAAGUUCUCGGACAGCUCGGGGGGGAAAUCCAAACCGAGCGGGGGCUGCAGCAGGUACUUGACGCCUUACGACAGCCUGCUGGGCAAGGACAGGAAGGCGCUGGCCAAAGGCCUCGGCCUGUCUCUGAAGGCGUCCAGAGAAGGUAAACACAAAAGGGCCGCCAAGGCCAGGAAGAUGGAGGUGGGCUUCAAGGCCAGGGGCCAGCCCAAGUCGGCCCACUCCCCGUUCGCCUCGGAAGUGAGCAGCUACUCCUACAAUACGGACUCGGAGGAGGAGGAAGAGUUCCUGAAGGACGAGUGGUCUGCCCAAGGCCCCUCCGGCUCCAAACUGACAUCUUCCCUCCUGUGUGGCAUGGUGGCAAAGAACAGCAAGCAGGCCGGAGGCCCCAAGCUGCCCAAGAGGGGCCUGGCGGCCGCCCGGACUCUGAAGCCCCAGCCAGCCGCGGGCAGGAAGCAGCCGUUCUGCUUGCUGCUCCAGGAGGUCGACGCCCGGUCCUCCUUCAGCGAUUCUUCGGAGGACUCAUUUGACCAAGAUGAGCGUUCUGAGGACGAGAUUGAGGAUGAGAUGGAGGACGGCGACGGAGAGGAGGAGGACCAGCUGGAGGCCGAGGCCGAGGCCCACGGCAGCCAUAGGCUGGGGGCGCGGGAACCCGCCCUGUCGCCCGGCCUGGAGGAGAGCGGGCUGGGCCUGCUGGCCCGCUUUGCAGCCAGCGCCCUUCCCAGCCCCACGGUGGGGCCUCCGCCGCCCCUGUCGGUGGUGCAGCUGGAGGCCAAGCAGAAGGCCCGAAAGAAGGAGGAGCGGCAGAGCCUGAUGGGCACUGAGUUUGAGUACACCGACUCUGAGAGUGAGGUCAAGGUGCGGAAGCGGUCACCUGCCGGGCUGCUGCGGCCCAAGAAGGGACUGGGGGAGCCAGGCCCCUCCCUGGCCACACCUGUGCCUGGCGCCCGUGGCCCUGGCCCCACCCCCACCAGCCCAGACAAGGUGAAGCUGACUGCGGAGAAGGGACGCAAGGCCCGCAGGCUGCGGGGCCCCAAGGAGCCUGGCUUCGAGGCGGGGCCCGAGGCCAGUGAUGAUGACCUGUGGACGAGGCGGCGCAGUGAGCGCAUCUUCCUGCACGACGCCUCAGCUGCGGCCCCAGCACCCAGCAGUACGGCGCCCGUUGUUGCCAAGCCUGGCCGCUGUGGCAAGGGUGGCCCCCUGAGCCCACGCAAGGACACAGGCCGCACCAAGGACAGGAAGGACCCCAGGAAGAAGAAGAAGGGGAAGGAGGCAGGGUCAGGAGUGGCGCUGCCUCCACCCCGCACACCGGCCCUGCCCGCCGAGGCCCGGGCCCCUCACACCAGCUCCCCUGCCUCUGCCAAGAGGAGCAAGGCCAAGGCCAAAGGGAAGGAGAACCGGGGGAAAGGGGGAGCUGUGAGCAAGCUGAUGGAGAGCAUGGCUGCUGAGGAGGACUUUGAACCCAACCAGGACUCGAGCUUCUCCGAGGAUGAGCACUUGCCUCGUGGUGGGGCUGUGGAGCGGCCACUAACUCCGGCCCCACGCUCCUGCAUCAUCGACAAGGAUGAGCUGAAGGAUGGCCUGCGUGUGCUCAUCCCCAUGGACGACAAGCUGCUGUACGCCGGUCAUGUGCAGACCGUGCACUCGCCAGAUAUAUACCGAGUGGUGGUGGAGGGGGAACGCGGGAACCGGCCCCAUAUCUACUGCCUAGAACAGCUGCUGCAGGAGGCGAUCAUCGACGUGAGGCCGGCCUCCACGCGCUUCUUGCCGCAAGGGACCAGGAUAGCAGCAUACUGGAGCCAGCAGUACCGAUGCCUCUACCCAGGCACUGUGGUCCGAGGCUUGCUGGGCCUCGAGGACGACGGAGACCUCAUCACUGUGGAGUUCGAUGAUGGAGACACAGGGAGGAUUCCCCUCUCACACAUCCGCCUCCUGCCCCCCGACUACAAGAUCCAGUGUGCCGAGCCAUCCCCGGCCCUCCUGGUGCCAAGCACCAAGCGCCGCAGCCGGAAGACCAGCAAAGACACUGGGGAUGGCAAAGAUGGAGCCGCGCCAGGGUCUGAGGAGCCCGGUGCCAAGGCGCGAGGGCGCGGGCGGAAACCCAGCACCAAAGCCAAGGGUGACAGAGCCGCCGUCUUGGAAGAGGGGGGCCCAACGGAAGAGGUCCCCAAUGCCCCGCUGACCCUGGAGCCAGUCAACACCCCAAGUUCUAAGAAGAGCCCUCCAGAACCCGUGGACAAGCGGGCCAAAGCCCCCAAAGCUCGCCCAGCACUGCCCCAGCCCAGCCCAGCACCGCCCACCUUCACCAGCUGCCCGGCCCCUGAGACCUUUGGGGAGCUGCCAGCCCCCACCCCAGCCCUGGCCCCCACGCCCCUCGUUGCCGUGCCCGUCACCAUGCCUGCCACCCGCCCCAAGCCCAAGAAGGCACGGGCUGCGGAGGAGUCGGCCAGUAAGGGUGCCCGCAGGCCCGGGGAGGAGGCCGAGCUGCUUGUCAAGCUGGACCAUGAGGGAGUCACGUCUCCCAAAAGCAAGAAGGCCAAAGAGGCCCUGCUGCUGCGGGAGGAGCCCGGGGCCGGGGGCUGGCCUGAGCCCAAGAGCCUCCUGGGGCUGGGCAGCUACGCCCAGGCCGCGGGCGGCAGCGAACCCAAGGCCGCCCGGCCCAAGGCUGGGGACGGGGACCUGGCCCAGGAGCCGGGGGCCGUGCUCACGUUCGAGGACUCGGGGAUCCCUAAGAGCCCGGACAAGGGCCAGGCCGAGCAGGACGGGGCUGAGGAGUCGGAGAGCAGCAGCAGCAGUGACAGCGGCAGUGGGAGCAGUUCAGAGACUGAGGGGGAGGAAGAAGGCCAGGGCGGUGGGGGCCGGGACUGCACCGCCUCCAGCUCCAGGGCCUCCUCCUCCUCCUCCUCCUCCUCCUCCUCGUCAUCGUCAUCAUCAUCAUCGUCGUCGUCGUCGUCAUCGUCGUCAUCGUCGUCAUCGUCGUCGUCGUCGUCGUCGUCAUCGUCGUCAUCGUCGUCGUCAUCAUCCACCACAGACGAUUCUUCCUGCAGCUCAGACGACGAGGCCGCCCCUGCCCCUGUGGCCAGCCCCUCGGCGCCCCCAGCCCUCCCCAGUAAGGCGCCCAAGCAGGCGGGCAAGGCGCGGUCCUCGGCUCACUCUCCCAGCAAGAAGGCACCUGCUCCCCAGCCCCAGGCCCCCCCACCACAGCCCCCGCAGCCCCUGCAGCCCAAGGCUCAGGCCGGGGCUGGGGCCAAGAGCCGACCCAAGAAGAGAGAAGGCGUCCACCUCCCCACCACCAAGGAGCUGGCCAAGCGGCAGCGCCUGCCGUCAGUGGAGAACCGGCCCAAGAUCGCCGCCUUCCUGCCUGCUCGGCAGCUCUGGAAGUGGUUCGGCAAGCCAACCCAGCGCCGCGGCAUGAAGGGCAAGGCCCGCAAGCUCUUCUACAAGGCCAUCGUGCGCGGUAAGGAGAUGAUCCGCAUCGGGGACUGCGCCGUUUUCCUGUCGGCCGGCCGCCCCAACCUGCCCUACAUUGGCCGCAUCCAGAGCAUGUGGGAGUCCUGGGGCAGCAACAUGGUGGUCCGGGUGAAGUGGUUCUAUCACCCGGAGGAGACCAGCCCGGGCAAGCGCCUCCACGAGGGCCAGCACUGGGACCAGAAGUCCGGCCGCAGCCUCCCAGCUGCCCUGCGGGCCUCCAGCCAGAGGAAGGACUUCAUGGAGCGCGCCCUGUACCAGUCCUCCCACGUGGACGAGAAUGACGUGCAGACCGUGUCGCACAAGUGCCUGGUGGUCGGGCUGGAGCAGUACGAGCAGAUGCUCAAGACCAAGAAGCACCAGGACAGCGAGGGCCUGUACUACCUCGCGGGCACCUACGAGCCCACCACAGGCAUGAUCUUCUCCACGGACGGCGUGCCCGUGCUCUGCUGAGUGCCCACGGCGGGGGGCCGCUGCGCACUGCCACGCUUGGGCCACUCGCGCCGGCGUGUGCAUGCACAUGUGCCCUGGACACCCUGGCACCUGAGUGUGUACGUGUGCGUGCCCGUAUGCAUGCACGUGUGUGCUCACAUGUGCACACGCCUCCAGCCCCCUUUCCGAACCCCUCGGUGCCUCUGAAGAGGGGGCCUCUCCGCUAUCAGGGUGUGGCUCUGCCCAGCCUCAGGGCCUCGCCUCCAGCACCUCGUAAGCACUUGGCCAGGCCGUGCCCAGGACCCCAGAGUGCAGCCGACGUGGACUGAGAGGGCGUUUCCGAGGAACCAAACUGAGGCUCUCUCUGGGGUUCCUGCUGCUUGUGGGUCCUCCCGAGGAUCCCAUUGCUUGGCCCCCCUCAGCAUGGUGCCCACCCUAAGCCUCCCACCACGGGCCGGCCCGUCUGACACCCACCAGCCUCACUGACCAGGCCAGGCGUGCUCUGGGCACCUGCCAGGGGCCCAGCCUCCACCCUCUCAGGAUGCCCUGGACUUGGGGAACAGAGCCAGGUGAGGGGGUGCCGGCAGCGUAAGCCAGGUCCUGGGAGGAAGGCUGUGCACCUGAAGCCCUGGCCAGGGCCCGCCCGCUGGUGCAGACCCUCACACUACAGACAACCCCAAUGGUGCUGACACCCUGGUUCUGGCCAGCCUGGGGGAGGCGCAGUUCUCACCUGUACAGUUUUAUUGUACCGAGACUCUUCCCCUGUACAUACACCCUUAAAUGGAGUCGACUUUUUAAUUAUAUAUAUAAAGAUAAAUAUAUAUAAAUAUAUAUAAAUAUAAACUUUUUAAAACUGUGAAAAAUAGCUAUGAAAUUAUAAAAAAAAGCGAACACAUUCUGACGUGCAGAAUAUUAUUUUUUAUUUCCUGUUAGAUUGUGAGUGUCUAGCACCCAGCUUCACGGGCCCCCCUUGUCCCAAGCACACCCCGCCCCGCCUGGCCCAAGUGUACUGUACCCGCCCCCAGAUGAGGAGCUAGAGAGAGCAGAGGCCGAGGGACGAGGGGCUGAGCCCCGGGGGGCCCACAAAGCACUUAGCAGCCCAGCCCUCCAGGGAGACCGGCCUCGUCCAGACAAUCUUAAGGGAAGGAAAAGCCAGACUUCGGUUUUAUUUUUUGGGGGAAUUACUGUUUUCCUUUUUUUUUUAAGUUUCUUUUGGAAUUUUGUUUGUUGGCGAAUUCUGUGUGAUCUUUUUCAUAAAAAGAAAAAAGAAAAGAAAAAGCUAUAAUUGGAAAA